UUGAUUUUGCAAUGUAUACAAGACAGUGGGCUCAAAACAACACACAAACAAUGACUUUGCUGUAGCUUGAAAAACCGUUUUAGGUUCAUAGAAUCAAACCUGCUCCGAGUCGUCAUGGGGAGAGCCUCGGUGCUGCUUACUGUCUUUGGGCUUCUGCUGGCUUUGACUGCGUCACUACCAAACAAGGAUGACUGGGACAUUUACAGCUUUCACAUCAACUCCACUGUGACCAGCCGAUAUGCCACCACCGUCAUCACAAGCCGUGUGGCCAACCGUAUGAAUGAACCAAAAGAAAUUGAAUUCCAUGUUCAGAUUCCCAAGAAUGCCUUCAUCAGUAGGUUCAGAAUGAUGAUGGAUGGUCAAGUGUAUGAUGGAGUUGUGAAAACUAAGGAGCAAGCUCAGGAGCAGUACACUAGAGCUGUGUCCCGUGGCGAAAGCGCUGGGAUUGUCCGCUCUGUUGGAAGAACCAUGGAGGAAUUUAAAACCUCUGUAACUGUGGCGGCCCACAAAAAGGUCACCUUUGAACUCACCUAUGAGGAGCUGCUGAAGCGAACCCACGGCAAAUACGAGCUACAGAUCUAUGCUCGACCCAUGAAGCCUGUCGAAGACUUCAAGGCUGAUGUGCACAUUCACGAGAAAGCCGGCGUCAGUUUUGUUGAUGUGAAAGGAGGGCUGAGCACCAAAGCCUUGGCUAAUGCUAUCACUAAAACACAUGCAGAUAAACAGGCAUGGGUACAUUUCUAUCCAACAGUGGACCAACAAAAAAAUUGUGACAGCUGUGGAGAAGAAGGGAUGAAUGGAGAUCUGGUUAUAGCUUACGAUGUCAACAGAGACAAUGGAUUUGGAGACAUUAAGACUUCUGAUGGGUACUUUAUUCAUCACUUUGCUCCAUCAAGUCUUCCACGAAUACCAAAGAAUGUUCUCUUUGUUAUCGAUCGAAGUGGCUCAAUGCAUGGCAGAAAAAUUACACAGACCCGAACUGCUUUACUCCAUAUUUUGAAUGACCUGGCAGAAGAUGACUUCUUUGGUCUCAUCAGUUUUGACGGGGAAAUAAUUCACUUUAAACGGGAACUCGUUCAAGCCACUGCUCUAAAUCUGGAGGGAGCGAGAGGGUUUGUGAGGAAUAUUGAAGACAGAGGAAAUACAGACAUCAACGCAGCAGUGUUGGAAGGAGCCCGUAUCCUGAAUGAACAUCCCAGAGAAGGCUCAGCUUCCAUCCUUAUACUUCUCACAGAUGGAGACCCAACAUCAGGAGUGACAAAUCUUGACACAAUACAGUCCAACGUAAAACAGGCGAUUGCAGGAAAGUUUCCUCUCUACUGUCUUGGUUUUGGAUUUGACGUUAAGUUUGAGUUCUUGGAGAAAAUGUCGCUGCAGAACAACGGUGUAGCAAGACGGAUUUAUGAAGACUCUGAUGCUGACUUGCAGCUUAAGGGUUUCUAUGAUGAAGUGGCCACUCCUCUCCUAACAGAUAUCACAAUGAUCUAUGUCGGUGGAACCAAUCUAACCAAGACUAACUUCAGUCAGUAUUAUAACGGCUCUGAGAUCGUGGUGGCCGGUGAGAUCAUUGACAACAAUGUAGAAAUCUUCACUCCUCAAGUUGUGGCCAUUUCAAGCAAACAAAAAGUAACAUUUUCUAACACAAACGGCUCUGUGGAUUCUUCGGUCAGUGAUGGACUUCUUCAGAGAGUUUGGGCCUACCUCACAGUUAAACAGCUUUUAGAGAAAGAGCUUUUAUUAUCUGGACCUGAGAAAGAAAAAGUGAAUAAAGAGGCUUUGGAGUUGUCCCUGACGUACGGCUUUGUCACCCCGCUCACAUCCAUGGUGGUCACCAAGCCUGAGGGGGAGAGCUCAGAAAUUCAUCACAAACCGAAGGAGAGGGAAGAACCACUGCCUCAGACGUCUAUCACAGGUCUCCGAUGAGAAGCUUUGAUCUGCAUCAGAAAGUUGCCAAGAUUA